GGGCGCGGGCGGUGGCAGUCCUCCAUUGCCCGGGCGACUGUGGCUGGGACUUGUGCAGGCUGUAAACAGGGAUCCGACGGAGGGAGAUCCUAAUUUUGCCGAACCCAGAACCCGGAUUCCCCCCCCCAAGAUCCCUGGAGAGUGGCAGGUUACAGGGUGGGUGGGGGGCCAUGUCAGCCCCCUGACAAUGUUCCAGAUUGCCGAAUACCAUGACGACGAGGCUUUUGCGACGGCAGGGAAGGAGCCGCAAGAUCCCAACCUGAGCCGGAGCGGGCACGCGGAAGAGAACAAGGGAUCAGACAGCCCAGUUAGCAGCGAGAAUCCAGAGCUGAGGCGCCGAAUUGGCUCAGACUCUCCCCUCCCGGAUCCAGAGACCUCCGAUGAGGUGGGCACCUCUUUCCGGGCCCGAUCCCGCUCUGCCCCUCCCAUCCUGUGGGCCGCCCAACGCUACGGGCGAGAGCUGCGCAGGAUGAGCGACGAGUUUCACGGCGCACUGCAGAAGAUGCCCCGUCCUAAGAGCGCAGGGACGGCUACCCAAAUGCAGCGAACGUCCGGAUGGAAGGAGACCCUCCAAUCCUGGUGGCGCCGAAGUUCUCCGGGGAAUGGUCUCCCCAGAAGUCCUUCGUGACUAUGGGGUUCCCCCCCUUUUCUGCUGCUGUCUUGUUCCCAGGGGAUGAAAGGGUGGAAUGGGAAUUGGGUGUUUUGGGGGGGGGAAGCAUCAAACCUGUGGGAUCCGUGUGGCACAUAUCCUUCUCUGUGGUGUUCCCAAAAUAUCCUGGGGGUGGGUCAGGGUCAUUCCCCAGAACAUCCAUCUCUGUUCCUCUACAGAAACAUUUUCCAUAGUCCUCACACCAGCCUUCCCUCCCCCCCACAAGAUGGCACCCUCUGGAGGGCACUGUGGACUACAACUCCCAUCCUCCCCAACUUGGGGAUAAUGGUAGCUGGAGCAGAAACCCUCUGGAAGGUACCAUGAUGGGGAACCCUGCCUCACACUAUUAAAAUGUUUGGGGAUUUUAUCUUUUUACAUGGGAUCACAUUCCUUUACCCUCUGCUUCCUCCCCACCCCCCCGACAGCAUCUUACACCCCUCAUUUUUAGGGGAGCUUGCCCUGCCUUUUUUCCCAGAGAGAAUGUCUUUCUGGAAGGGGAAGGGGGUUACUACUGCUUUGAUUACUGUCACAACAGGCCUGAAAAUGUCUUUUUUCUUUUUCCCUAUGGAGAAAUUUGUAUGACCUUUAAUUAAAAUUAAAUGUUGUUACUUCCA